AUGGCGGUUCGCAAGCACAAUGAGUUUCUCGACACAAAUCUGAGCGAGGACGACGAGAACGUUAGCAGUUCUUCUGAAGCUGCCGCAGACAGCAGGACAGCAGGAUUAGCCAGCCAUCAAUCCAAAAGGCAGAAGCUCACCGUCGAGCACUCCGAUUCCGACGGAGAGACCGACAAUGAUACUCAAGACGAUGCCGCCCCAACCACUAGCCCUGCAUUCCCAAAAAAGCCGUCACGAUCCUCCGCCGCAUCAACUACAAAGCCUACAGAACCAAUCUCCACGGACCCUCCUACCGAGUUCCCCGAAAAGCGGAAACCCCUCACAACCUCAGCCGUUGCAGCCGCAAACCAACGUGCCCACAAAGCAGGCGUCAUCUACCUCUCCCGCAUCCCCCCUUUCAUGCGACCCUCCACCGUCCGCACCCUCCUCUCAGCCCACGGCACCGUAACCCGCCUCUUCCUCACCCCCGAAGCCCCCUCCAACUACCUCUCGCGCCGCAAAGCCGGCGGCAACAAAAAACACAGCUACGUCGACGGCUGGGUCGAGUUCUCCCGGAAACGGGACGCCAAGGUCUGCGUCGAGGCGAUCAACGGGCAGAUUGUGGGCGGGAAGAAGGGGGGCUGGUAUCGGGAUGAUGUGUGGAACGCGAAGUAUCUGAAGGGGUUUGGAUGGGGGGGAUUUGAUGGCGGGGGUGAGAGGGGAGGAGAGGGAGAGGGAGGAGAGGGUUAG